UGAAUGUCUGGUGAGGGGUGAGUGUGUGUGAGGUGUUUUGAGGGGGCGGUUGGUCUGGAUGUGUGGCGGGGUGAGUGUGUCCUAGGCAUGUUUUAUUUUGCGGGGGAGUGUCCAGGAGGGUUGCCUGCCUGUUGAGUACUGUAGUGGGAAGGGACCCUAAGAGGUCCUCUAGACAAACUCCCUGGCUGGUUUCUGUAGUAUCCCUGAGAAAUGGCACUCCAGUGCUUCAGCUGGGAGUGGGGUGUGUGUCUUGUGGCAGGGGGUGUGCUGGGAUGUCUGAGGGAGUGGGGCUUGGGAUAGGUAUGGCGUGUCCGCACAGCGGGGUCUGAAGUAUUCCAGUUCUUAGUGAGGGGAGUGUGUCUCUCCCAUAGCUGCUGUUGCUGAACAGAGCUGUUUUCCUGGAAGGUUGAGUUUUUGUCUGCUGGGUUGUGUGGAAUCGCCUUGGCAGCUUGCACUGUUUAGUUCUAACUCCCCGACUUCUGGAUUUCUGGGAAGCUGGCAAGAUGGCGGACUGCUCGAGCCUCCAGUUCGUCAGCCCGUACGCUUUCGAGGCCAUGCAGAAAGUAGACGUUGUGCGCCUCGCAGCCCUGAGUGACCCCGAACUCCGGCUGCUGCUGCCUUGCUUGGUCCGGAUGGCCUUGUGUGCGCCGGCUGAUCAGAGCCAGGGCUGGGCUCAGGAUAAGAAGCUCAUCCUCCGCCUGCUUUUGGGAGUGGAAGCCGUCAACUCGAUCGUGGCUCUGCUGUCUGUGGACUUCCACGCGUUGGAGCAGGAUGCCAACAAAGAGCAGCAGUUGAGGCACAAACUGGGAGGCGGCAGCAGCGAGAGCAUCCUGGUGUCCCAGCUGCAACACGGUCUGACACUGGAGUUUGAACACAGCGAUUCCCCUCGCCGGCUCCGCCUUGUGCUCAGCGAAUUGUUGGCCAUUAUGAACAAGGUAGUGGAGUCCAAUGGUGAGUUCUUCUUCAAGUCAUCUGAACUGUUUGAGAGCCCUGUUUAUCUGGAGGAAGCAGCUGAUGUACUCUGUAUCUUACAAGCAGAACUGCCUUCGCUGUUGCCCAUUGUGGAUGUGGCGGAAGCUCUCCUGCACGUGAAGAACGGGGCCUGGUUCCUGUGCCUCUUAGUGGCCAACGUUCCUGACAGCUUUAACGAAGUUUGCAGGGGCUUGAUCAAGAAUGGCGAGAGGCAGGAUGAGGAAAGCUUUGGAGGCCGGUGCAGGACAGAGGCUCUCCGCCAUCUUUGUAAGAUGAACCCUUCCCAGGCGUUGAGAGUCCGUGGCAUGGUGGUGGAAGAGUGCCACUUACCAGGUCUCGGAGUGGCCUUGACUUUGGAUCACAUGAAGAACGAAUCUUCGGAGGACACCGUGAGCGACCUGGUGUGCUUCGUGAGCGGCUUGUUGCUCGGGACCAACGCAAAAGUUCGGACAUGGUUUGGAACUUUUAUCCGGAAUAGGCAGCAGAGAAAACGGGAGACGGUUGAUUCUGUGCUCUGGCAGAUGAGAAGGCAGCUGCUCUUGGAGCUGAUGGGGAUCCUGCCCACCGUCCGCAGCACCCACAUUACAGAAGAAGCGGACGCCGACACGGAACCGAAUGUCUCGGUGUAUUCGGGGCUGAAAGAGGAGCACGUGGUGAAAGCCAGCGCCCUCCUGCGCCUCUAUUGCUCUCUGAUGGGGAUUACUGGCUUGAAGCCAACGGACGAGGAAGCUGAGCAGUUACUUCAGCUCAUGACAAGCCGCCCCCCAGCCACGGCUGCCGGCGUCCGCUUCGUUUCCCUUUCCUUCUGCAUGCUGCUGGCCUUCUCCACACUCGUCAGCACCCCAGAACAGGAGCAGCUGAUGGUGAUGUGGUUGAACUGGAUGAUCAAAGAAGAAGCUUAUUUUGAAAGCACUUCUGGGGUGUCAGCUUCCUUUGGAGAGAUGCUGCUGUUGGUUGCCAUGUAUUUCCAUAGCAACCAGCUUAGUGCUAUCAUUGACUUGGUCUGUUCUACACUGGGAAUGAAGAUCGUUAUUAAGCCCAGUUCCUUGAGCCGCAUGAAGACCAUCUUCACACAGGAGAUCUUCACUGAACAGGUGGUUACUGCGCACGCGGUCCGCGUGGCCGUCACGGGCAACCUGAGCGCCACCAUCACCGGCUUCCUGCCUAUCCACUGCAUCUACCAGCUUCUCAGGAGCCGCUCUUUCACCAAGCACAAAGUUUCCAUCAAGGACUGGAUUUAUCGGCAGCUGUGUGAAACCACCACUUCGCUCCAUCCGCAGUUGCUGCCUCUCAUCGACGUCUAUAUCAACUCUGUUCUGACGCCGGCAUCCAAGUCCAGCCCAGAAGCCACAAAUCAGCCAAUCACAGAGGAGGAAAUCUGGAGUGUUUUCCAAGGACUAACUGGGGGAGAGACUGCACAUCCGACUCAGCGUUAUGGAAUCACAGCCCAGCUUCUGGUCCUGUUUUACGUUUUGUCUUAUGAAGAGGCCAUCCUGGCCAGCUCAAAGACGCUGGCUGCCAUGCAGAGGAAGCCCAAGUCGUACUCUUCGGCCCUGAUGGAUCAGAUCCCAAUCAAGUACCUCAUCCGGCAGGCUCAAGGGCUGCAACAGGAACUGGGAGGUCUGCAUUCUGCGCUGCUGCGUCUCCUGGUGACCAACUAUCCGCACCUCUGCAUCGUGGACGACUGGAUCUGUGAGGAGCACAUCACGGGCACGGACACCUUGCUGCCCCGGAUGCUGCUGACCAACGCGGCCAAGAAGCACUCCCCCAAGCAGCUCCAAGACGCGCUGGUGGUGCUGCAAGGAAACCACACAGAAGCCCUGCAGAUCCUGGAACACCUGACGCUCCUCUCGGCUGGAGAGCUGAUCCCGUACGCAGAGGCAUUGAUGUCAAACAUGAGCCGUCUCCUCUACCCGGGAAUCCCUCGGCGGGUCCUUCAGACCAUCAACAGGCUCUGGAUGGCCUUGAACACGGUGAUGCCGCGGAGGUUGUGGGUGAUGACCGUGAACGCCUUGCAGUCUUCAGCCAAGAUGGUCAGACAACAAAAGUACACCCAGAAGGACCUGAUGAUUGACCCUCUCAUUGUGUUGAGGUGUGAUCAGAGAGUCCAUAGGUGUCCUCCUCUGAUGGGUAUAACUCUGCACAUGCUGAAUGGAUACCUCCUUGCUUCGAAAGCCUACCUGAGUGCUCAUCUCAAGGAAACAGCCGAUCAAGAUAUCAGGCCGUCCCAGAAUAAUGUGAUGGGUCUGGAGGCCACUGAAGUUACCCGAGAGGAACUUAAAAAUGCACUGCUUGCUGCCCAGGACAGUGCGGCAGUCCAGAUUCUUCUGGAGAUCUGCUUGCCCAUGGAAGAGGAGAAGCCUGUGGGGGGUGGCUCUGGCCGGCUGCUGAAGAGCAUCCCGGGCGCUGCUGCAAUCUCCAGUCCUCGGAAGAAGCUGGAGGAGGAGGAGGAGCACGAAGGGGAGAAGGAAGAGGACAACCUCCUCUGCAACCUGCGUGAGGUGCAGUGCCUCAUCUGCUGCCUCCUGCACCAGAUGUUCAUUGCGGACCCCAACAUUGCGAAGCUCAUCCACUUCCAGGGUUAUCCAUGCGAGCUGCUUGCACUCACAGUGGCCGGCAUCCCGUCGAUGCACAUCUGCCUGGACUUCAUACCUGAGCUGAUUGCCCAGCCUGAGUUGGAGAAACAGAUUUUUGCCAUCCAGUUGCUUUCUCAUUUGUGCAUCCAGUACGCUCUACCGAAAUCCCUCAGCGUGGCGCGUUUAGUGAUCAACGUCAUGGGGACGCUGCUAACGGUUUUAACGGAGGCGAAGCGCUAUUCCUUUUUCGUGCCCACCUUGCCUUGCCUGGUCUCUUUCUGCCAAGCCUUCCCUCCGCUGUACGAGGACAUCAUGUCUCUGCUCAUCCAGAUCGGGCAAGUAUGCGCCUCAGAUGUUGCCACAGAGACGAGAGAUUUCAACCCAAUAAUUACACGUUUCCAGCAGCUGAAGGAGAAGCCGCAUGAGCAGUCGAGGCUGCCGAAUGAACCCGCUUACAAAAUGGGUGCCGGAGACACUGGCAGCAGGGAUCCCAACGUCCUGUUGUGCCAGUGUGUCGAGAGCACGUUCGUUGAAAUCAUCAACAUGAGUGUGGGCGGAGUUUAAGUGUGAACCAGGAACGGGACAAGUACUGUGGAGGUUGUCAGUUUCCUGCUGGUAAAAGCAGUCGAAAGCCAAAGCACCAGCCAGGAACAAGCAGUGUAUUUUUUUUAUUUUUAACUUGGACUUCAGUUGUGGCUGAAGGAUAUGAAUCCUGCUUUCAGUGAAAGCAUUGAAGGUUUGUACAGUGUUCUGAAUAGCUCCUUCCUGUACAGGAUACCCAUUUGCUAGGUUUUUGGAGUGAGAGACUCACAGGGAUCCAGUCUGGGUUAUGAAACAGCCUUUGGAGAAGCUAUUGCUCAAACUCCUCUGAGAGCACUUUGGAAGAAGCAAAUGAUGCAAUAGGUUUUUUGGCUGAGGCAAAAGCAAAAAGAAAGCUAUAUGCAAUGGUAGGGCCUUACCAUUUUUGCCUUACCUAAAGUUGGCUAUGAGGCAUUUGGCUGGGACCAAGAGUUUUUAGCCACUAGAAAGAGGUCCAGGUAGGUGCCUACUGCUGGUUCUCCAUUGUCCAGACUUGGCAUAUUGGCUUCUCAUUCCCUGCCUUUCCUGUAAAAUUAGCCAAAUUUUUACUUGGGUUUGAGUAGAAGUGUCUCCAGUAACUUCUACUGUGAUGUCACUUUCUGAAUACUUUUGAAAAUUAAUCAGAUUUUAAAAAACACCACGCACAUUUUGGGAUGCUUCUUUCUUUAAUACAUGUGAGGUGUCUGAAAGAAAACGUUCCAAAAGCACCAUUUUUAUUUUAUUUUUUAAUGCUGUUUGUGUAAAGAACCUCAUUUUUAAUAAUGUUUGACAGCUAGAGCAAAGCUUAACAGCAAAGGCUUUUUUUUUUUAGUUCUGACGCAGGUGAGUUAUAUAAAGUAUAAUGUGAGCCUUUCUAUGGGAAUAUCUGAGAUUCUUUUGUUUGGAUAUGAAUCUUGGGAAGCUGAUAUUUGUGUCAGGAAAGUUCAUGUACAUAAUAGUCCUGAAGUACCAAAGUGAUAGAUCAUUAAGUUUUUUUUCCAGCAGAGGACUGAAAAUAAUGUUGGAGUCCUCUUGACUGACGAUCAUAUUGUGAGUAAAAACCAGACUUUAGCCAUAGUUAAGUUUUUUAAAGGGAAAGAGGUACAUACCAAACACCUGUUUCAGUGUACAGUUAUGAAGUACUUCAUAUAUCCUAUGCUUACACCUUUUGUAGGGAAAAAUGCGCCCACCAGAUCAUAAACGACUACUCCAUGCUAAUUUCAUUGUGCUUGAAGCAAUCUUCAAAUACUUCCACAGAUGUUCACCAUUUCCCUGUUUUUGUUUUUCUGAUUUCAGAAUUACACUUAAACAUCCCUCCACCAGGGCCCCCAAUCCAUAAAUGGGCAAUUCCAAGAGUAACAGAAUCAGGCACUGAACCACUUUUUCAACAACUGUCUCCAUAAGCAAAUUUAAAAGUUCAUAUUCUAUGUAUUCACUGGUAAAAGAACAUCUCUCACUCUAAGGCCAUAUUUUUACAAAACCCCUCAAAUAUUAUAGGUAGUGUCUGAAACAUGCCAAAUAAAUCAGUAAUGGAAUCAGCAACAAUGUCCAAAAACUCGGAUUCUAUUAGUGACAUGUUUUGCAUGUUUUAUAUACUACCUAUAAUAUUUAAGAGUUUUGUAAAAAUGUGGCUUCAUAGGAGAUGUUCUCUUGUGUGUGUGUGUGUGUGUGUGUGUGUGUAUACAACUUGAAGAUUUGCCUUUGCUGCAAUCAUUGAAAAAGUUGUAACAUGUCUGAUUCUGUUACCUUUGGAAUAGUCCAAAUGUAACAGGAUUUGGAUGUUGCAUUUGGAAUUUAUGGAGUAUACAGUGUUUUAGUUUCAUUCUGGAAGACUAUUUUGCUCCCACACAAAAUACAAACUUUUCAAGAUAGCACAUCUGUUUAAGUUCAUGAUGAAUCCACCAAAUUGGUGCUGAAAGUGUCCUGCAGAAACAACAUUUCGUCCAUCAGAUACUUCAGCAUGUUCUGCUGAGAUGGUCACAGCAAGGCUCAUAUACCUCCUUGCCACCUGUAUUGUCAAAACCUGUCAUUGUGUGUGUUUUUAUAUCUCCGCAGACUCUAGCGGGUUGGUUUGUUACAGAUUCCGAUGUAAAAUGUGUAUAAAUCUUUGUAUGUGUUGGGUUGUCUUAGACUAAUAUUUUUAUAUACUGUUCGGAACUUUUUAUUUUGAUGAUACACAAUGGAAAUGUGUGUUUAUAAACAUUUGUACUGUU